AGGUGACCGCUGUCACUUAGCAACCAGCUGCAACAAACCCCAGCAGCCAGCUCAGCGCUAGGGUUAGGCGAGAGGCUACGUUUAAACUAGCCUAAAAAAGCUGUGUAUAUCAGUGGAAAAUGGUUAAACAAACCAUACAGAUAUUCGGUCGCAUUAAGCCCACGAAGAAAACGUUGGCGGUGUAUUCUGUGGACCACAAGGAGGAGACAGGUGCCUCUCUGGAGUUUGUGAUACCCAGGGACCUGGUUGAUGGCUUUAUUAACAACAAGAAGGAUUGCUAUAAGUUCAGGUUCCAAAAAGUGUUUGAUCAACAUGUUAAACAAGAGGAGAUAUUUGAAGAAAUUGCCAAACCAGUUGCAGAAAGUGUACUUUCUGGCUAUAACGGCACCAUAUUUGCUUAUGGUCAAACGGGAAGUGGGAAGACUUUCACCAUCACAGGCGGAGCUGAGCGCUACAGUGAUCGCGGUAUCAUACCUCGCACCUUGUCCUACCUGUACGAACGCUUCAGCCAGGACAGCAGUAUGAUGUACUCCACACACAUCUCCUACCUGGAGAUUUACAACGAGGUCGGAUAUGACCUUUUGGAUUCCCGACAUGAGGCAUCGCGACUGGAGGACCUACCGAAAGUGGUGAUUAUGGAGGAUCCAGAACAGAACAUCCAUCUGAAGAAUUUGUCUCUGCAGCAGUCUACUAACGAAGAGGAGGCUCUGAAUCUUCUCUUCCUGGGCGACACAAAUCGUAUGAUUGCAGAAACCCCCAUGAACCAGGCCUCCACUCGUUCGCACUGUGUUUUCACCAUUCAUCUCUGCAGGCGUGAACCCGGCUCAGCCACCUUGCGGCGGUCCAAACUCCACCUGGUGGACCUGGCUGGGUCGGACCGAGUCAGCAAGACGGGCCUAGAUGGGGUGCUACUCACUGAAGCCAAGUACAUCAACUUGUCUCUCCACUACCUGGAGCAGGUGAUAAUAGCCUUGUCAGAGAAGAACCGUUCCCAUAUCCCAUACAGAAACUCCAUGCUAACAUCGGUGCUGAGGGACAGCCUUGGGGGCAACUGCAUGACCACCAUGAUCGCCACCAUAGCAGUCGAUAAACGAAAUCUCGAUGAGUCCAUCUCUACGUGCCGCUUUGCUCAGCGUGUGGCUCUCAUCAAGAACGAGGCCGUAUUGAAUGAAGAGCUGGAUCCUGCCCUGUUUAUAGCACGUUUAAAAAGAGAGAUCAUGUCCCUGAGGGAAGAGCUAGCGAUGGUGACAGGAGAUCAGAGAGAUGAGCAGCUAACUGCAGAGGAGAUACAAAGGUUGGAUGAGGUAGUCAAUGUCUUUCUGAAUGACCCAGAUCCUGAUGUGACCCUCUCUUUGGGACCUGACAUGAGAAAGAUACAGCACUGUUUCUUUCUGCUGAAGUCAAUUAUUCUGGACAAGAAGCGUGAUAAAGCUGUAAGCAGUGAUCGACAACAGUCACCAACAGGAAGUAAAGAGAACUCUCAACCCCACAAUGUCAGUGCAGCAGAAGUGGCCAAACUGAAUGAAAUGCUAAAACAACGUGACAAUGAGAUCAGUAUCCUUGUGAGAAUACUGAAGAAAGAGAAGAAAAGAGCAGAUGAUGCUGUCGCUCGGCUUGCUUACAUCACCAAUGUCAAACCCCUGUCCUCCCUGAGGUCCUUCAGCAUUUCCAGUGCUUCACAGCCUAAAGAGGCAAACAUGGACACAUUUCUCAGGAAUCAUGGAUCCACAAUGCUUCAACUGAGGGAAGGAAAUGUGGAAACUGUCACACCAGGCUACAGUAAAAGAAUGUUUACACUGCCACAGUUUAGAGUAGGAAAGGUUGACAUCUUUCCCACAGACUGUGCAGGUCAACUAUCUACAGUGCUUCAGUUUAAAGAAGAACAUGAGAAAACCUUUACAGAGGACCAUAGGGGAAAGAUUCCCACGGUGCCGCAGUUGGAAGAGAAAAAUAUGGACACCUUUUCAUUGAACCAAGGAGAACAAGUGUUCAAAGGGCCUUGGUUUAGAGAGAAAAACCAGAAUAUCUUUGGAAUGGACCAGGAAGGCCAAGCAUCAACAGCAGUUCAGUUAAAAGUGGAAAACAUGGACACUCUGCUAGCAGAAGAUAAAGGAGUGUCCAUAAUCCCACAAUUUAGAGAAGGAAACAUGGAAACAGUUCCAGAGAGACAAGGAGGACGAGCUGUGCAGUACAUGAAAAGAGGUUCAAAGUUGUCGAUGGGGAAACAAGAAGCAUUUGAGAUAUUUAUAAGAGAUCAUGAGGAGCAUCGAACCAUUGAAGAAAACAAAAAUAUACUAAAAGAAAGAUCAGCUGAGGCGAGAAGACUUGGAGAGCAACUGAAUGAAGCCAGAAACAGAAUCACGGAGUUGAAGAAGCAGUUAGAGAUGCGGAGGAGACAGAGGGCAGCUCACGUUGUGGCAGAGAAUCACGCACAGGAUGAAGAGGAGUUCGACCCCAUGGAAGCAAACCUCUGCAAACAAAUUAAGCAAGAAAAAGUGACUUACAAGAACACUAUUGACUGCCUAAAGGCUCUGAGGACAGAAAUUGAGCAUCUGCAGCUGUUGUUGGAAAGGGUGAAGGUCAAGAUCCAAAAGGAUUUCCAGAAGUGGUGGAGCCAGGAGGCUUCUAAACUGCAGGGAUCUGAGUCAGGGGCUGAAGCCAGAUAUAACGCUGUCUCUCCAAAUGAAACCUUGCAACCAUCUUCACCUGGCACUCCAGGAUUUGGCGCUCCUGAUCUUAGCAGCACAAUGGAAUCUCCAUCAAACUGGGACAAAAAUCCACACAGUUCAGUCUCUUCUGCUUCUGAUCUGAGCUGUCUCGCCCCCAUAAACAAACCUCCAGUACCAGCUUGGCCAGCCUGGAACAACAAGUCCCAGGAGGGGAGUAAGAAUCCAGACUUCAAUUCUUCUUCAGACUGGAGGGCCCUUUCCACAACAACCCUCCCGUCUUCUUCCAUUCCACUGACUGGAGACCAACAAGUUGAUGCUGACAUCCUUGCUUUUGUUAUGGCCCGGAAAAAUCUCCUCAGCAGGACGGGUCACCCUCAGACGUGAAGUGAUGUUCUAACAAGGAGCAGAAACCACAGGCUGUCGGACAUUUGAUCUAAACACAUUUACUAGUAAAACAUCAGAGAAAGGACAGAAGAACAAGUCUCUCAAUCUUGUGAGAUUUCAUUGGUGGCAUGCUGUUUCAACAUGUAGAAAGAAGUGCUUUUUUUAUUUCCAGCUGAGUUCAUUUAAUUCUCUUUUAUGUAAAUUAUUGUAUAACUAUGUGAUAUAUUGUGGAUAAUAAAGUUUUACAUUGCUUUGCACAAAGUA